UCUGACUACAAAAGGAAAACAAACAAGAUUUAUUUAUUAUUUACUUUCAUGUUUUGUUGGAAAAAUAUACCAAGCUUUUUUUUUUUUUUUUAAUUAAGUUACAAUAAUGUGUUAAAUAAAAAACGUAAACUCAAUGUUCAAAGUAAUGGCAGUUGCCACCACCAAUGAAUUCGGCCCAGAUUCUGGUGGUCGAGUAAAGGGCGUGACAAUUGUUAAACCAUUGGUUUAUGGAAACGUAGCGCGAUUCUUUGGUAAGAAACGUGAAGAAGAUGGUCAUACUCAUCAAUGGACUGUGUAUGUUAAGCCAUACAAUAAUGAAGACAUGUCGACUUACGUCAAAAAAGUACAUUUUAAACUUCACGAGAGUUAUAACAAUCAAAAUAGAAUUGUUACAAAACCACCUUAUGAAGUGACUGAAACUGGCUGGGGAGAAUUUGAAAUAGUCAUUAAAAUUUAUUUUCAUGAUCCCAAUGAACGCCCGGUGACAAUUUAUCAUAUACUAAAACUAUUUCAAUCACCACCGGAAGCACAAAAUGGAAAAAAAAAUUUAGUAUCUGAAUUUUAUGAGGAAAUAGUAUUCCAAGACCCAACACAAUUAAUGCAACAUCUGCUGAGUUCAACGAGACCAAUAACUCUCGGUGCAUGGAAGCAUGAAACAGAUUUCGAAGUAAAAAAACAAACGACUUUAAAAGCUAUUGCGGAGGCACGCAAUAAAAUUCGUCAAGAAGUAAUUGAGUAUAAAGAAAAACUGACCUUAGCUAAAGAAACGAUAGCGCAAUUCAAAGAAGAAAUAGCUGCUGUAUCAAAAGUAAAUCCUCUGUCAGGAGCUCAUUAAAACCGACUGAUAAAAUAAAUAAUUUUUAUACAUACAUUUAUAUUAUUAAGUACCUAGCUAUUAAAUAGUUGAUUAUAUAUAUUAAAUUGAUAUUAAAUAAAAAAUAAUAA